GCCGUGCGCGGCGUGCGUGCCGAGCUACCCCGACUGCCAGGCGUACGGCCCGGCGGUCACCGCCUCCCCCCCCGCGUCGUCGCAACGGUCGGGAACGCUCCAAGAUAAAAGGGCCAAACUCCCUCACGCGCACACCACUCGCCUCUCUCUCUCUCUUCUUCGUCUGAAACUCUCUCUCUCUGCAAACGACUCUCCUCUCAUGGCGACCUGUUUCUACCCUAGCCUGGCGGCGGAGGAUUUCAUCCCUCUGCCGGAGACCACGCCGCCCGACCAGAUCUCGCGGCCGUCGCGCCGCCGCCUCCGGAAAUACCGCAUCAUCCCCGAGCUUUGCGCGGCGAAAUCACUGACCCGCGACUUUAACGACGCCGCCGCCUCUGUCCCCGGGAACCACCACCGCAAGCGGUCCAGAGACGCCAUCGGCGACGACCACUUGAGCGGCGAUCGCUUCUCGGCGAAUCGCGAUCCUCGGAAGAUGACCAAGGCGUCGCCGUCUCUGGGGCACGAAUCGGAGAUCGACCCUUUGAUUUCCCAACAUACGCAGGAUUUGGCGAGAAAAAUCAAGGAAAAGGAUGAAGAGAUCGCGAAGAUGGGGAAAUUGAAUCGGCUUCUCCAGGAGCAAGUGAAUUCCCUGUUGUCGGAGAACCGCAUCUGGCGGGGCCUCGCCCAGGACAACGAGGCCGAAGCCGACUCCCUCCGUUCCACCCUCCAGCACCUCCUCGCCCGCGGCGGCGGCGGCGGCGGCGGGGUCGACGACGCGGAGUCCUCCUGCUGCGGGAGCAGCAACGAUCCCGGGAGGGAGGGAGCGGACGGCGGAGAUGCGGCGGCGGAACCGUGGAGCGUGCACCUGUAUCUGUCGCGGCGUGCGCGCACCCGCAUCUGUCCUUGUCGUCGUCGUAACGGUCGGAAGGGCCCUGGGCUGGAAAUGUAAAAAGGAGAGAAAAUAGGGGCGAAAAGGGGAAAAAGGAAAGAAUAUGGAUCGGGAAUGAAAUACUCCCCCCGUGUUUUUUGAUAGGGAGAUUCUUUUGAUAUCUUUUUAGUUGGAAAUAAUGGGGAAAAAACCAUCGAGAGGGAUGGUUUCUCAUUUUUGUGUAAAUACAAUUCAAUACAAUACAUAAUAAAUGUUGUCAUUGUUUUCUUCUUGA